UGUGAUUGAUAAGUUGAGCUGAUCUCAGAACGGUGGAUGUGUUUCUUCCGCUGACAUACUAUUCCUUUUCAUAGAAGUGCAUUUUCUUGCUUCUUAUCAUGAGAGUUGCACACGGUGCCCGGCCAACCCAAGUCAUCGGGACAAAUUUCAUAUUUUCACCCCAGUAAUGAUCCGAGGAACACGAAGAUGGAAGAGAAAGCUUUAGAAGUGUAUGAUGUGAUCCGAUCCAUCCGAGACCCAGAGAAGCCCAACACCCUGGAGGAGCUGGAGGUAGUGACAGAGCAAUGCGUGGAGGUCCAAGAGCUCGGCGAGGACGAGUAUCUCAUUAUUAUCAAGUUCUCCCCAACCGUCCCUCACUGCUCCCUAGCUACUCUCAUCGGUUUGUGUUUACAAGUGAAGCUGCAGAGAUGCUUGCCCUUCAAACACAAACUGGAAAUCUACAUUAGUGAAGGAACCCACACCACAGAGGAGGACAUCAACAAGCAGAUCAACGACAAAGAACGAGUGGCAGCCGCCAUGGAGAACCCCAACCUGAGGGACAUCGUAGAGCAGUGUGUCAUCGAGCCUGACGACUGAUGAUGUUAUUGUGUCACCACCAGGUGUGUGUGUGUGUGUAUGUAUGUGUGAAGUACGCACGCUGGACUGCAGGCAGCAGCCACUUUGACCUUCCUGUCAUUCCUUGUUGGUGCAUGAUGGCAUCUGUUGCCAGGAAACAGGAAGUGAGGCCUGUUACCAUGGAAGCAGAGUGAUGGUUUUCGCAUAAGAUGAUGGAAGGAAUUCCACUUGAUUGUUUAGUAUACAACUGUUUGAAAUUUACAGUACACAUACAAUUUCCUGUUGUGUUUUGUAAAGAAUAAGACGUUUUAUUAAAGCAUAUAA